GAAACACCUUUGAACGUUGAUGCAGAAACCUCUUCCCCCUUUCUGACUUCAAAUUUUAGGGAUUUUUGUGCUUUUAUUUUUUUAAAUCUACUCCACCCAAAAGAAUGUCAACUUUAAUCUCUAGCUUAAAAGAAACCGCCCAAUCCCUCACCGCUAUCCGCCGCCCAUGGCGAGAAUUCCUCGACAUCACCGCCGUUGACCUCCCAUCCUCCUUCUCCGACGUCACCACACGAAUCGCCCAAAACCUGACCCAUUUCCGCCUUAAUUACACCGUAAUCCUGCUGUUAAUCCUCUUCUUAUCACUGAUUUACCACCCUCUCUCUCUCCUCACUUUCCUCGUCAUCCUCCUCGCUUGGUUCUUCCUCUACUUCUCCCGUGAUCGCGAGGAGCCCGUCGUGAUCUUCGGCUUCACAAUCGACGAACGUCUCGUCAUCGCUGCGCUUUUUGGCUUGACGGUGGCGGGACUGGUUUUGACCGGUGUUUGGCUAAAUGUCUUGGGGGCGGUUGCUAUCGGGGCUAGUAUGGUAAUUUUGCACGCGGCUUUGCGGAGUACGGACGACUUGGUGAUGGAUGAUUUGGAGUCGCCGUAUGGACACGUGCUUGCUGGUGGGGAUGAGGAGCUUGAUAGCCCCAGAGGGGAUUACAGUGGUAUUUGAUUCUUGGAUUUUACACUUUUCUUAAAGUUGAAUUUACCGAUUUGAACAUUGUACAUUUGCAAAAAUUGUUUGAUGUAGUCUAAUUGUUGGCAAUGAAAAUUCAGUUGAAAUUGUUGUGUUCUUUUA